CCCCUCACUCUUCGCUCAGCGGAGCCAGGUAACGGACUAUACUCUUCAAGCCGCGUCAUCAACAGUAGGCUCAACAAAAUAUCAAGCUCCUCCUGCCAGCCCCGUGUGCUCUCCUCAGCUCUCGCCUCUUCAUCUAACUCCUCUGUCGCUUUACCCAAGACUUGUAUAAUCUGGAGAGGCUAAAGCUGUUAGUGGUUCCUCAUAUCCCUGGUCCGCUCCGCACAGUGGACAGCCGUACCGUAGCUUGUCCGCAGAAGGAGAAUCACUACCGCCACUCCACCGUCACUAUCCUCUUCACCAAGGACUUCGGAUAAGCAGAAUUAACACCAAGUAACGUCUUCAUCUUCACCUGAAUACGACAGAUCGGAUCAACGCCGUAUUGAUGAGUGAGGGGCGCAUGGAGAACCAAAGUCAAGAUGCGCACGCAGGAGGCAACAAGAUGUCUCCGGUACGCGUCACGGACAUGCGGUGGGGCUGGGUUAGGAAGAACCUGCUCCUCAUGAUUACCUUCUCCGGCGUCCUCUUCGGCGUCGCCCUCGGCCUCGCCCUCCGUGCUGCUGGGCCAGACUCCACCACCAUCCUGCUCAUCUCUUACCCUGGCGAGCUCUUCAUCCGGAUGCUCAAACUCAUGAUCCUUCCUCUCAUCAUCGCCUCUCUCAUAGCAGGAUCUGCCAGCCUCAACGCACGCAUGAACGGGCGGAUCGUGGUGCGGACCGUACUCUACUUCAUGGCCACCUCCCUCCUCAACGCCUUUCUGGGUGUCAUGCUGGCGAUCGCCAUUCACCCAGGGUCUCCACUAGCAAAACAGGCACUCACCCAGGGACUCAAUAACUCCGUCACCACCAAUUCCAACAUCAACAUCCUGGACGGCUUCUUGGACCUGGGACGUAACAUCUUCCCUGACAACAUCUUCCAGGCCUCCUUCCAGCAGGUCCACACGGUGUAUGAGGAGCAGACAGUGAUCCAGCACAGUAACCUGACGGGCAUUGAUACUCAGAUCACGGAACUGGUGCGCUCGGUGAAAUACCGGGCGGGGACCAACACGCUGGGCAUCAUCGCGUUCUGUCUGGUGUUCGGCACGUUGCUGGGCUCACUGGGUAAGAAGGGCGCUGUGGUGGCCGAUUUCUUCUCCAUCAUCGAUACAGUCAUCCUCAAGAUUGUGACUGGCGUCAUGUGGCUAUCACCCAUCGGCGUGGCAAGUGUUAUCAUGAGCAAGAUCCUGAGUGUUGAUAACCUGGGCACUGUGAUGAGCAACCUGGGCCUGUUCAUUGUGACAGUGGUGGUGGGAGUGUUCAUCUACCAAUGGAUUAUCCAGAACCUGCUCUACUUCUUAUUCACCCAUCGCAACCCUUUCACCUUCUACUUCCACCUGCUGGAGCCUUGGGUGACCUCCUUCGCAACAGCUUCCACGGCGGCUACGCUGCCUAUCACCUUCCGCUGCAUGAAUGACAAGUGUGGCGUCGACCCACGAAUCUCCCGCUUUGUGCUUCCCAUUGGUGCCACUGUCAAUAUGGAUGGGACGGCCUUGUUUGUAUCCGUUGGUACAGUCUUCAUUGCUCAGAUGAAUGAACUGCCCAUAAGUGUGGGAGAAUAUGCUACCAUCAUAGUGACUGCCACGGCUGCCAGUGUUGCUAGUGCCAGUGUACCCAGUGCCGCCCUUGUCCUCAUCCUCAUUGUGCUCACCUCCGUCAACCUACCAGCAGAGGAUGUCUCUCUGCUUUUCGCCAUUGACUGGUUGGUAGACCGUUUCCGCACUACUAAUAACAUGCUGGGCGACUGUUACACUGCUGCUAUAGUGGAGCAUUGGAGCCAGGGAGAGCUUCAGGCUAUGGAUGCUGAGGCCAAUGCAGAGAAUUACUCCAACGAUGUAGAAAAGGCAGCUGACCUCACCCCUCUGGUAACCCGCCAGCAUGACGCUGACCCAGACUCCCUCCUGCAUGAACCUCCAACUCUCUUAAAGGGCGCGGAUUCCUCUAUGGCCAAUGGCAAAAUGCUCGGCAGUGGUGAGAUUCAUGUUGAGGUAGAAGAGGCCCCCAAGGACACAAACACCACUAAGAUGUAGAAAUUACCUCAUUUUCCCAUGUUCAGCAUUAAUCUUCAUCAUCUGUGCAACAAACAAUUCUCAAGCAAGAGAAUCUAAGGAACUCAAGAGGAAAAAAACUUUUGAACAUUUGAAGUUCUGGUAUGAAUCAUUGUUGAAUAAAUUCAUGAAAUGGUGGAAGAGCAGGAUUAUUGUUACAAAUUAAGAGUCGGUUUUUACUGUAUAAUGUUUGGAUUGAUCACAGUGAGGCAUUAUGACCGGGUUAUAUCCAGAACUGUACUUACUAUUAAUAGGUGCUAUUUUUUGGCACAUAUCAGAGGGUACCCUGAAUUGUUGCUUAAUGUUGGUAAAUUCAUAGCCAUAACAGUGAGAUAUUAAUUUACCAAGAAGUGAGUGCAAUAUAAGAGGGAUGCUCAAAAAGUUCAAGGCCUCAAGUCUCUAGGUCAUAAUUCUCCAAACCUGAAGUCUUUUUGUUAAGAGUCUUUAGGCCCUGAAAUAUUGUGACUACCUUUUGUAUAUGCUUGACUGACAAAUCCCCUUUCAUACCCUUAAACAUUUGUCUGUAAUCAGAUAUAUUAGUGAGAUGAUAGGCUUAAGGAUUCAGGUUCUAGAUCCCUACAUGUAUUGUUGAAUACCUAAGAACAAUAAAUGCUUUAGAUCUUGACGUCAGGACUCAAAAGAAGGUGUCAGACGUUAAACCUGUGAAUGUACUCGAAAUAGAAUGAGUGGACCAGGUGGAGUCACAAUUCCUAGAACCUAGAUUAGUAUUAGAAGACUGGGUGAGAAGUAGGCGGUUGGCAAUUACGCUUUUCAUUAAUAAAGUAUUCAAAGCUUCCAUAAAAUCUGGUUUUAUCACAGUUUUCAAGUAAAUUAUUUUCUUGAACUUUAUCUGUGAAUUCAUGAAUGAACUCACACUUGAAGCUGUCAACCUCUUCUUAAUGCAAACUUGUAACAGAAAACUAUUUUGUUACAAAUGACUUUUCCUUGUAAUAUGGUUGAUCUGUCAUACUCCAGUAUGACAUUUAUUUAAUUAAAACCUAAUAUUUUGAAUGCUGUCAAAUCUAAGUAUGAUACACUAACAGGCAUACAAGCAUGUGAUUCUCACACUUCACAAAUUUGAACUUUACCCAUAUUGGGUAAACCAUGAAUGAAUAGAUUUGCUAAGUGAGAGAACUACUGCUAGUGCUGAGAGAUACAUUUCUCAUGCAUAACAGCAUUUUUCCAUUAUGAGAAAAUAGACAGUUUAGUCUGGCUUAUACACCUGCACAAAGGAGAUAUUCCCUUACCUGUCUAGCUACUGUUUGUGUGGCCACGACUGCUAAAGUUUAGCCAAGCAGGACAGAGUGGCCUCUCCACAGGACUUUUGCCUGUGCUUGUAGGUACAGUAGCUUGCUCGUAGGUGAUUGAAUUCUCAGUUGUGCAGUGGUCUGUGUGUGGCUCAUGCGAGGUACUGUGGACUAAGGACAGUUUAGUUAUUUGUAAGUGUUCCUCAUUGGUCCACCUAACAUAUUGUCCUGUUUCUUUUCUCUGAUUCAAGAGUAUUUUCUUCUGUCCUCUCCACAGUGCUGGCACACAUCUGUGCCACUGCAGUCCUGGAUACAACUGUUGCCAGUUUACAGGACAUGAUCCAUGGAUAGGAUUAAAUAUAACAUUUAACAUGCCAUAUACAGUAAUCAUUAUCCACCUUGUGUAUUGAAAAACGCCCGGAACCAAAGGCGGGAAUGGUGAAAUUCUGUUAUUUGUAAACUGUGCGCAUUUGAGUUGUGAACAAUUUUUGAAUUUUUAGUACAAAAGAGAAUGAAAGAACUGAUACUGCCAAAAUAUAACUUGUUGAUGCACCUACCCAUUACAUCCUCAAUACUGUACACAUCUUUGAUAAGUUUAAUUUAUGAAGAUAGUGUAAACUACUGUACCACUGUCUGUAAAUGAUUGUAUUAAUAUCCAGUGUGUCUGCUGUCUGUUUUAAUGCAAGAACUAUUUAAACUUUAUCAAAGAUGUAUAUUAGUUGUUCUAAUGACUAGUAUAGUUAAUUGGCAGCCCUUAGUAACUGUGAUCACUAACCUGUGAUCAAACGGCACUUGAAAUGAAGUGUUUGUAGUCCCGUGAUAUUUCUGUUUUUCUCUCAAGAAGGCUAAAGGCAUGAAUAAAACUUAUCAGGUUCUAUCAUUUAUGCUCUAGCUUUAAAAAAUUAAAACUAAUGCCUUACCUUUCACUGUAGAUAUUUCAAUGUAUUUCUUUCUGGUGAACUGAGCAUUCCCUGAAGGUCUUCCAUUUUUCAUAGCCUCACAAGUAUGUACACACACACUAGAAAUAAGAGGUUGCAUUGUUUUUUGGUUAGACUUUGACACAACCGGGCAUAGCAUUCUUUGAUGGAAGGUUCAUCCUUCUUACAUAAAGUGCUCUUGGGUGUGUGUUGAUAUUUGUGAGAAAUUUAUUCCACCCUGUUCCUUCACUAGUUUGGGAACAUUGGCCUCUCAAUUAAUUUUUGUGACCUUUUGGGCAUCUUCAGUAUCUCAAAUGUGAUAUAUUUUUAAAAGAUACAGAACCAGUUGUUAUGAGAAGGUAUGACUAUUGGUAUCAGUCGAUGCACUACAACUUACAUUGUUAUUGCUAAUUCAAUGUGUCACUGGCUGGUCAAGAGUGAACCGCUGGUAGGGUUGUGGUAGAGAACAGUUCCAAAACUUAUACCUGAUAAUGAACUUUCUACCUACCAACCAAUGGUCCAGAAUUAUUUAAUUGUAUAUUUGCUUUGAAGGAAAAUAAAAUAAAAUGGGCAAAUCCAGAAGUAUGCUCCUGCAUACUUUCAAAGCAUAUAUUAUUAGUAUCAAUUCAGAGCUGAUUACUAGGUACCCACAUUUCAUUACAUACUUAAUGUGAUAAUUUGGGGCUUGAAUUUGUUGAUAUCUAAAAUAAGUUAUUAACUAAAACAAAUGUUCACAACUUGCAAUAAGUAUCUGCAGUCGCAUGAUUCCUUCCAUUUAAAGUAUUAAAUCCUGGAUCUGUUCCUCAAUACCUCAUUACUGCUGACUGUCACUGAAGGUGUUUACUACUACUACUACUACUACAGUAUUGUGCCAUAUUGUGGUUGUCAUUGUUAGCAACAUUGUUUUAGCAGAAACUGUCACACAUUAUUCCUCACAUUAGUAUUAUUAGUGUUGAUAAAUACAUUAUCGGCAUUUUGAUUGAAAAGACCUGUUCUAGUCUUUUUAAAACAAACUGAAUGGUAAUAAAAUUCCUUUUUCUCUACAACUGUGCCACAUACAGUAUAGAUGUAAUGCAGUGGUCACAAAUCAGGGAUCAUUAGUAUGUACUGUAAUGUGUAAGCAGCAGCAAUACAGGGUAUGUAUAUGCUGUACGAACAUACAUUCAUAAUGCAGAUUUACUGCUAGAUUCUUAUUCAUUACUCAUUAACAUAUGGAGCAUUUUUGUCAAAUACUUAUGGCUUUGUUUACUAAUAAAACAACCAUUUAACUAUUAAGUUUGAACAAUUUGGCUUAUUAUUUUUAUUCUUUUACUGAAAUCAGAUAUCGAUCACCAAAAAACUAGGUUGUCUGCCAAUUUUUGUGCAAAUAUGUGAAAAGUACUUUUAGAAUAAAAAAAAUGUGUUUCCACCACUAUAGAAGCUUGGUUGUCUACCAAUGUUUAUGUCACCAUGCAGACAUGUGUUUCCCUUGUACAGUACUGUACAUGUACAGUAUUUGGGUAAUACAACUAAGAUUUUUGUAGUCUCUGGUUAAUACUGUGGAAGAACUGAUAAGAAAAUUUUAUUUUGAAAAUGUCCAUUCAGUGUACGUAUUUUAUUCUAGGUCAAUUCUCUUAUUUAACUUUCAACUCACUUAUAUUUCCAUUUUGAAGGAAUGAGUGUGCAGGAUUAUCGUAUAUAUAAAACUUCUAAAUUAGGGAAUCUGGUCCAUUUUUAUUGUUAAGAAUUGAGAACUAUUAGUGUAAAGAGAACAAGAACAUAAUCUUUAUGUGUUUACAGUACUGUCAUGCAGAAAAAGUUUGUGAAGAUCAAAACAUUAUCUUUAGCAGAGGUGGAGUAGCAGGUCUGGGCUCUUACAUGUACUGUAGUGCUAAUGUUGUUAGCCACUCUGUCUAUAAAAAUAUUGGAAAGAAUUUAUCCAUCAUGAAUUUAUGACUAAUGGGAACAAGAGCUGUUGACUCUUAUAAUUUGUGUUUUUCUUUCUGGAAGAAAGGUAUUCCAGAUUAUUUUGCAUUUAUAUAGUUUGGACUUUCUAAGUCAAAAUAUGUAAUCCCACUUACAGUUUAGUGUCUAUAAUACUACUUAACUGAACAAGU